UAUUCAAUCUUUUUUUGCUUCCUCCACUUGUCUCCCCUUCGUCAUCAAAAUCCACACACAUCCAGCGAGGCACCGACUGAACCCAUCAUGGAGCUUCUCUGCCCGUCCUCAUGGCCGACGGUGAUGGUUGCUCCCUCCCUCUCCCCCUCCCAAAUGGCUCCCUAUUCCUCGGGUUUGACGGUAGCUCCUCGUCGGAGAUUUAAGGAGGAGGAGGUUCGCAUGAUGGUGGUAUCCUCGUCGGAGAUUAAGGAGGAGGAGGUGCGCCUGACGGUGGGUGCUUCACGCGCCGGCAAGUCGUCCUCGCCGGCGGGGGGCGCGGAGGAGGUUCGCAAGACGGCGAAGAAGGUGGAGGAGGUUGUUUGGAACGCGGUGUUCGCACUACUUGCCCGCAGGUUCUCGCUAUCGGGGCUCACCACGCCGUCGGCGUCCGUGAUUGAGGUACCGACAUCGUGUGAAGACGACGAUUGUGCUCCUGUCCAUAGAAGCGCUGAUGACCUCGCUCACGGUUGCUUCCUUCAACGCCACCCCGUUUGGUAUGCAGUGACGGAGCUAUGUUGGGCUAGGCGGAGGGGGGCACUGCCCCCAGCCUUUGAUCAAUUUCUGAAGAUUUUUUUUACAGAGACUUAGAUUAGAACAUUUUUAGCAUUUGCCCCCCCCCCCAACACUGACUUUUUUAGUAGUGUAUUGCCGCCGGGAAUCUAGUCAAAGGUCACGAUUCAGCGUCA